AUGUCACCGAUUAAGAUGAGAAGAGACUCGGAGGACGAAGCCCUGACUCCUCGGGGUUGGUUCACGUGUUGUGCCACUACUCUCGCCAUAACUGCCGUCGGGGCUGCCCUCUUUCUGCUUUUGUUCAACGGACCAUAUUCGUCCUUUGUCCUCGUUGCGCCCAAAGGCAAUAUGUCUAACGCCAAUGGCGUCAAGCAAAAACGUGAGGUGCGUACUCCUCUGGAAGACAGCCCAGGAAAAUGCGCGGUCGAGAAUUGCGUGACCGCUGCGGGCGCACUCAGUGUGUACAUGAACCAAAAUAUUGACCCUUGUCUAGACUUCUACGGUUUUGUUUGCGGAAACUAUAAAGAAGCACAACGACGGACUCGUGAUCAACUUAUGGCCAGGAUUUAUGAACAUGUCCAGAAAACUUUAGAGGAAAUGACGAUCCCGGACAAUGGACUGACAGCUGUGCAGAAGGCCGCCAGUCUCUAUCAGGCCUGCAUAGGCGUUCGAUGCAACACAAAAGAUGAAAUAGGAGCCCUGCGCCACUUUAUGGACAAAAUGGAUCUUUCUUUGGUUGAUAUCGGGCGAGGAAGUCCACUAGAAAAGAUUCUGCGGCUGUCCCUCGAAUAUAACAUAUUUUCUUUGCUUGAGGUAACGAUUGACCACCUCGCCGAUCCACAGGGAGAAAAGACAAUUAAGAUCGGUAUAAGCACGGCUCACCUAAUCUGGAUUACAAGUCGCAAACGCUUGAGCAGUGAUUACAAAGAGAGGUUGUAUAUGGAACACAUGAAAGCUUAUGGUCUCUCAGCUGACAAGAAAGAAACAAUGAACGUUAUAAAACAAAUUAUUCUAGGAGAAAACGAAGCCGUUGGUUUUCUUUCCGAUGACAAGCUUCGAAAAAUGGAGUCUUUUGCUCAAACCCCAAUUGCCGCUUUCGAUUUUAUCACUCCCCAUUUUAGUGCUGCAGUGUGGUGUGCUCUUUUACAAAAAUACGCCUCAGGAAUUUACCAGGAAAACAAGCCAGUGUUCACAAGCCCGGGUGCUGUGAAUUACUUUGAUAACCUUUGUGAAGUUGCUCAAUGCCUUCGUCUUCAAUUGUUGAUUGCUUGGGAGGUCCUUCGUUUACUAGCUCCGCUUGCGUCGCCGUCUGUUGCUGCCUUGUACAACGACACUACUGGGCGUGAGAUUUGCCUAUCUGCCACUGCGAAGGUAAUGGAAGUUCCGGUGCUGGCGGUGUACCUUUAUAAAGCCGUGCCUCAGGCUUCCUUAAAAGCUGCUAAGGAUAUGGUGGAAGACAUACGUAACUACGCUCUCCGAGUUGUUCGAGACGCUAAGUGGCUCCGCGAGGGCUCGAGAUUCAGCGCAAUAAGCAAGCUGCGCUCAAUGGGUGUAGAGGUUGGGUACCCGUGUUCCCUCUGUUCCAAAGAGACAAUGGACACUCGUUAUAAGGCCUACCCUUACGCGGCAUGUAAUUUCCUCAGCGAUUGGCUCAACGCAUCCCAUAUGACCACCAAGUGGCUUCUGGGAGACCACGGAUGCGUUAAUUACCCAAUCACUGCGGAAGUAACUUACAUAUCAUCGAAGAAUAUGAUAAUCAUUCCGGCUUCGAACUUGUUACCACCUGUAUUUGAUCUUGAUGCUACGAACUCGACCAACUUCGGAGGACUGGGUCAUCUUAUUGCAACAGAGAUGAUGCGUGCGUUUGACGUCGAUGGCAGUUUGAAAAGUCCCACCUGCGAAGAUCGCCUCUGGUGGACACCUCUGAGGAGGUGCAAAUACGAGAAAACGGUCGCCUGCUUCAAGAUUGACCACGAGAAAGCGGCCAAAAAUCACGGACAUCGAUUACAUGGCACAAUUGCCAACGUUAUGGCUGACGUUAUCGGACUGGCCCUUGCUCUGCGGCCCUACGAAGACUUGGCAGAAAAGAAGAGAGUUAAAGGGCUUCCUUUUGAGCCCAAGCAACUUUUCUUUAUUGCCUCAUGCGCUAAGUGGUGUUCUAGAGCACCAUUCCAGGGAUACGCCGGUAAUACUCCGCCAUCGUCACGGUGCAAUGUUAUGCUUAUGAAUAUGCUGGAGUUUGCAACGGCGUUUAGGUGCCCCCAGAACUCUCAAAUGAACCCCUCAAAGCGCUGUGAUUUUUAA